GGUGAGGUUUUGGCCCGGCUUCAUGCUGCGACGUCACCCAGAGGAGCCUUAACAGGAAAAGCGCCACUGGGAAGAGGCUGAGAUCUGCGCGGCGCAGGACAGAAGGUGCCAGCACUCCGCAAAUUCGCCUUCACCUUCGCUUGCCUGGAAACCGGACCUACAAAUAAGAUUAUUUGCGACAAAGGCUCGAAUACAUCAGGUUUUGUUGUGCUUACAGAGUUGGCGCGCCGACAAGACUAAUACAGUAAAGUGCAUUAGAAAGAGGGCAAACUUCGCGAAGCAGAGGCGGCAUGACUGCGGAGAUCAGCAUGAGCUCAGCACACAUUUUGGACUAUGUCAAUGACUUUGAUUUCGUCAAGUUCGACGUGAAGAAAGAAGCGUUAAUCGGUCUGGACACUGUCUCCGUGCGGCAGUGCAACAGGAUCCAGCCGCCGGGGUCUGUGUCCUCCACCCCGGUCAGCACUCCUUGCAGCUCCGUGCCCUCUUCUCCCAGUUUCAGUCCGACAGAACAGAGGAAUUACGUGGACGAGCUUUGCUGGCUGCCCAACACCACCUAUAACCAGCAGAUAGAUCCCCAGACGCUGGGCCUGACACCAGAGGAUGCGGUCGAGGCCCUCAUCGGCAGCCACGGUCACUCUCCACUUACCAAUAUCCAUCAACAGCUUCACCCAGGGGACUAUGAGGGCUACAGGGCACUGCAGCACCACGCUCACGUCCAUGCGCAGAAACACCAGCAGCAGUACCUGGGCGUCAGCCAUCCUCGCUCUGAGGAGCUGCCUCAUCACCCAGGGCCACACACCCAUGUACACGGCCAGAACCAGGACCACAGCCCGUCUCCUGACUCCUCGCUUCCCCACGCACAGUUUCACCAUCGCCAUAACCAGCACCCUCAGCAGGGCCACCAUAGUAGCGGAGGGGGCAUGAAUGUGGAGGAGCGUUUCACAGAUGAGCAGCUAGUGUCCAUGUCAGUAAGGGAAUUAAAUCGGCACCUGCGGGGCUUCACCAAGGAUGACGUGGUCCGCCUGAAGCAGAAGCGCAGGACCCUCAAGAAUCGCGGCUAUGCUCAGUCCUGCCGGUACAAGCGAGUCCAGCAGAAGCAUGUGCUCGAACACGAAAAGACUCAUCUAUUAACCCAGGUGGAGCAACUCAAGCAAGAGAUCAGCCGUCUGGCCCGGGAGAGAGAUGCCUACAAGCUGCAGUGCGAGAAGCUGGCAGGCUCCUGCGGCUUCCGCGACGGUGAAUCCGCCAGCGACAGCCCGUCCUCCCCGGAGUUCCUCUGUGAUUUAAUCUGACGGGAAGAUGGCGAUCAGCGCUACAGUGAUCCCCCGGUUCACUGAAAGCCGUUUUUUCUUCAUCUGACAGCCGAAAUAUAGUGAAGAUGGGAGUGUUUCUCAAAGUAGCAGCCCAUUGCACGGCACUUCUGCAAUUACAUGAGGGUUACUCUACGCAAAGAAAGUUUUCUAGCACUGGCGAGCCUGGUCAGAGUAAUUCCCUGGAGAAUUAUGGAAACGCAUUACGAAAGACCCGAUGCUCAGAUCCAAACUGCAUUUUCGCCGUGGACCCAGUUUGUAAGCCUCAUUGAGAGAAACUUCUGGGACGAGGGACAUUUAAGCUAAAAUUAUUUGCCUGCUUGGUUACAUAGAAGCAUUUUAAAAUAUGCAUAAAAUAUUAUUCCUGCAUGCUGGACAUGUAUGGUGAAAAUCUAUUUUGUACAUUUCGUUUGUCUUUAAUGCAUAUCCUUGAUCUGAACCUUAAAUUGCAACAUUGCCUUUUCUGUUGUGCCGUUGCACAUUUUUUGUUUAUUUAGUUUGUAAUUACACGCUACACAAACAUCAAACGAGUAUUUUAGUGCUAGAUGCAAAUUUUGUAUUUUUUAAAAUAUUUCCAAAACCUAUGCCAAAAAACAUCUGUUUAUUUUGGCAUUUAUUUCACAAAAAAAGUAACUAGUUCUGUUAAUUUCACUUUUUGGUGUGUCAUUAAUGGUUUGGGAGGCUGUCGUUUGUGUUAUUUUAAAAGGGAGUUAAACAACCAGGAAUUUAGUUAAUUAGUUCCGUUUAUGUUUAGAGCAGAGGACGUUCUAGCUACUGAAAUGAUCAGGGGCUAAGUCAAGUUUACCUGGGGUUUGACUUUUUUUUUUUUUUUUGAAGGAAGAUAAUUGGCAUGGGGGCUAAAAUACUCGGAGCCAUCCUGCAGAGAUUUUGUAUUAGUGGCCGAUUAAGUCUUACUUAUACAUACAUAUCAGACACAUUUUAAUAUUAAUGCGCCGUUGAAGACCUAUUUCAAUUGAGAUACCUCAAUGAAUAUAACAGUUUAUGGCAUUUCAUUUAUUUUAAUCAUUACGUUAAACGCUUAUCAUUAUAUAGGCCUACGUUUCCAGGAAAAACACACAACAGCGGCCCUGGUUAUAAAUAUGGUAUUUCUACUAAUGCAACAUGAUACCAAACAUUAAAGUGUCUCUAUGGGGCAUAGCAGCCCUGCGUCAGGAAUGUUAAAUAAUCGUUUUUAAAUACUCAGUAGAAAGUUUUGUGUGUUUCUGUGUUUUUUUUCUGCCGGUCAGUUUAAAGAAAAUGUUUAGAGAAUGUUAUGGGUAUAUCCUAUGAUCAUGUAAUUCCUUUCGUAUUAUCUUUAUCUUUGGAUAUUCUGGUUCUGCUGGCCAGAUACAUAGUUAAUUAAAACAAUCAAACAGAAUGAUCUUAAUGGAGACAGCAUGCUGUUUGCAAUCGUAUUUUGACGAGUCGCGGAUAUAUUCAACCUCGUUACUGAUUCAACGGUGUUGAAAUCAGGUUUGAACUGCAGCUGCGGUUUCGCUUGGUAAUUUUUUGUGUGUUGCCUUUUAAUCCUGUUUAUAUAUGAAAAAACGUUGAUUUGGAGUAUUAUAGUUAAGUUCAGACUGGUUUCUGUUUUAUCAUAUAUUUCUUUGUUUUCAGAAGAAAUUGUUUCCUAUUUUGCAUAAUAAAGUCAUAUCAAUGAC